AGGGGGAGAGGAGGAGAGAGAAAGAGAAAGCACAACACGGGGGCUGGCGAGGCAGCGCGGAGCGGAGGGCUCCGGAGCGUGGCCGCGCUGAGGACCGUGUCCAGGACGGCGGCGACAGGAGCCUUCUUCUCGUGUUCUUCACUUACUCCCGUAUGCAAAAUGGUGGACCCUGUGGGGUUUGUAGAGGCUUGGAAAGCACAAUUUGCAGACUCUGAGCCUCCUAAAAUGGAGCUGAAAUCUGUGGGAGACAUUGAACAGGAACUGGAGAUGUGCAAAGCAUCUAUCCGGAGACUGGAGAUGGAGGUUAACAAGGAGAGGUUCCGCAUGAUUUACCUGCAGACUCUUCUGGCAAAGGAGAAAAAAAGCUAUGAUAGGCAGAGAUGGGGUUUUAAACGUGUUUCUCAGUUGCCUGAAGGGGGUGCAGAGCAGCAGAUCCAGGACCUGCAUCGUCACCAAUCUGCUGACCAAGAUGAAUAUGAAAAAAGCAAGUCACAUCAUGGGGAGGAAAAGUUUAAACCCAGGAUACCCUCUAUGCGGAAGCUGUCUACCCAGAGUGAUGGGUCAGACCUGUCACCUUUGGACAGCCCCCACCAUGGAGAAGGAGAGCAGGACAGGUGUAAGUACUACGGCGAGGAGAAACUGAAGAGAGUUGUGGAAGACAUGGAGAAUCGCUGUGAUACAGAUGGCUCUCCUUCAAAGCACAGAUCAGCUUCCACCCGCAGACUGGUGGGAUCUGCCGAGAAGGAGGGGUCAUUUGAACCUAAGGAGAGAGGGAACAGCACCAGUGUGGCAGCCCUAAGGUCCAAUUUUGAGAGAAUGAAAAAGGUUAAUUCGCAUUCUUCUGGAGAUAACAAGGAUGUUGUUGAAAAGCCCUUUUAUGUGAACAUGGAGUAUCAUCAUGAGAAGGGUCUAGUAAAGGUCAACGAUAAAGAUGUUUCCGAUAAAAUAAGCUCCCUUGGUAGCCAAGCCAUGCAAAUGGAACGCAAAAAGUCUUUGCACUCCCUCCCUUCUAACAUGGUACCCAGCUUCAGCGAGUUCCAGAGGCCUGCCUACAGGGGAAGGUCCUCAGAGAGCAGCUUUGGCUAUGAUGGAGAAUAUGAGGAUGCUGAACUGAACCCCAAGUUUCUUAAAGAUAACCUGAUUAAUGCCAAUGGCAGCAACCGCUCACCUUGGCAGCCCAUGGACUUUCAGCCGUAUCAGAGUAUCUACGUUGGUGGAAUGAUGGGGGAAGGAGAAGGAAAAGGACCUAUUCUGCGAAAUCAGGGCCAGCCUGACCAGGAAAAACAUCUCACGUGGCCCAGGAGAUCUUACUCCCCCAGGAGUUUUGAAGAUAUUGGAGGAGGAUAUACUCCUGAUUGUAGCUCUAAUGAGAACCUUACCUCCAGUGAGGAAGACUUCUCCUCAGGACAGUCCAGCCAUGUCUCCCCCAGCCCCACCACUUACCGCAUGUAUCGGGAUAAAAGCCGUUCCCCCUCCCAGAACUCUCAGCAGUCCUUUGACAGCAGCAGCCCGCCAACCCCCCAGUCUCAGAAACGGCACCGGCAGCAGCAGGUCAUCGUGUCUGAGGCCACCAUUGUGGGUGUACGAAAAACAGGGCAGAUCUGGCCAAGUGAUGGGGAUUUGCCCUCUGGGAGAUGUCACCAGGACAGCUGUUUCCACGGGGAUACAGAUGCCCCGUUUGGGGGGACCCCGCCGGGCUACGCGUACGAUGCUGACCGCGCCGAGGAGCAGAGGCGGCACCAUGACAUGAUGCCCUACAUCGACGACUCGCCAUCCUCCUCUCCACACCUCAGCUCCAAGAGCCGCGGCAGCCGGGACACGCUGUCCUCGGGCUCUCUGGAAUCCACAAAAUCUAGUGAGCCAGACCUGGAGAAAGGCCUGGAGAUGAGAAAAUGGGUCCUGUCAGGAAUCCUAGCCAGUGAGGAAACCUAUCUGAGCCACCUGGAGGCCCUGCUGCUGCCUAUGAAGCCUUUGAAAGCUGCUGCCACCACCUCCCAGCCCGUGCUGACCAGUCAGCAGAUUGAGACAAUAUUCUUCAAAGUGCCUGAGCUCUAUGAGAUCCACAAAGAAUUCUAUGAUGGGCUCUUUCCCCGAGUGCAGCAGUGGAGUCAUCAGCAACGUGUUGGGGACCUCUUCCAAAAGCUGGCCAGCCAGCUGGGAGUGUACCGGGCCUUUGUGGAUAACUAUGAAGUUGCUAUGGAGACAGCAGAGAAAUGCUGCCAAGCCAAUGCUCAGUUUGCUGAAAUCUCUGAGAAUCUAAAGGCCAGAAGCACAAAGGAAUCUAAAGAUCAGACGACGAAGAAUUCCUUGGAAACUCUGCUGUACAAGCCGGUGGAUCGAGUGACCCGCAGCACACUUGUCUUGCAUGAUUUGCUCAAGCACACUCCUGUGAGCCACCCUGACCAUCCCCUGCUGCAGGAUGCUCUGCGGAUCUCGCAGAACUUCCUCUCCAGCAUCAACGAAGAGAUCACUCCUCGCCGGCAAUCCAUGACUGUAAAGAAAGGGGAGCAUCGGCAGCUGCUGAAGGACAGUUUCAUGGUGGAGCUGGUGGAAGGGGCUCGCAAGCUGCGGCAUGUCUUUCUUUUCACUGACCUCUUCCUGUGUGCCAAGCUCAAGAAGCAGAUUGGAGGAAAAAGCCAACAAUACGACUGCAAGUGGUACAUCCCGCUCACUGACCUCAGUUUCCAAAUGGUGGAUGAGUCUGAGGCAGUGCCCAAUAUCCCACUGGUACCUGAUGAGGAGCUGGAUGCCAUGAAGAUCAAGAUAUCCCAGAUCAAGAAUGACAUCCAGAGGGAAAAGAGGGCCAAUAAAGGCAGCAAGGUGAUUGAGAGGUUGAAAAAGAAGCUCUCGGAGCAGGAAUCCCUCCUACUGCUGAUGUCUCCCAACAUGGCCUUCCGGGUACACAAUCGCAACGGCAAGAGUUACACAUUCCUCAUUUCAUCGGAUUAUGAAAGAGCAGAGUGGAGGGAGAAUAUCCGGGAGCAACAGAAGAAAUGCUUUAAAAGCUUCUCCCUCACAUCAGUGGAGCUCCAGAUGCUGACAAACUCCUGUGUGAAGCUUCAGACAGUCCACAAUAUUCCCCUCACUAUCAAUAAGGAAGAUGAUGAAUCCCCGGGUCUCUAUGGAUUCCUGAAUGUCAUUGUCCACUCUGCCACAGGAUUCAAGCAAAGCUCAAAUUUGUACUGCACAUUAGAGGUGGAUUCUUUUGGGUACUUUGUGAACAAGGCCAAAACAAGAGUUUACAGAGACACCACGGAGCCCAACUGGAACGAGGAGUUUGAGAUUGAGCUGGAGGGCUCACAGACACUGCGGAUUCUGUGCUAUGAAAAGUGCUACAACAAAACCAAGCUCACCAAAGAGGAUGGAGAGAGCACAGAUCGCAUCAUGGGGAAAGGACAGAUCCAGCUGGACCCACAGGCACUGCAGGACAAAGAUUGGCAGCGCACAGUCAUCUCAAUGAAUGGGGUGGAAGUGAAGCUAUCAGUGAAGUUCACCAGUCGGGAGUUCAGCCUGAAAAGGAUGCCGUCCCGCAAGCAGACCGGCGUGUUUGGGGUCAAGAUUGCCAUUGUCACCAAGAGAGAGAGGUCGAAGGUGCCGUACAUUGUGCGGCAGUGCGUGGAGGAGAUCGAGCGGCGCGGGAUGGAGGAGGUGGGGAUUUACCGCGUCUCUGGGGUUGCAACCGACAUCCAGGCUUUGAAAGCUGCCUUUGAUGUCAAUAACAAGGAUGUGUCAGUGAUGAUGAGUGAGAUGGACGUUAAUGCCAUUGCAGGCACCCUCAAACUGUACUUCCGGGAGCUGCCGGAACCGCUCUUCACAGAUGAACUGUACCCCAACUUCGCUGAAGGCAUUGCACUUUCAGAUCCUGUUGCAAAGGAGAGCUGUAUGUUGAAUCUGUUGCUAUCACUUCCAGAACCCAACCUUGUGACAUUCCUUUUCCUUCUGGACCAUUUAAAAAGGGUUGCUGAGAGGGAAAGCGUGAACAAGAUGUCCCUGCAUAAUCUUGCCACUGUCUUUGGACCAACACUGCUCAGACCUUCAGAGAAGGACAGUAAAAUCCCUGCUAACCCAACCCAGCCCAUCACAAUGACUGACAGCUGGUCACUAGAAGUCAUGUCCCAGGUUCAAGUUCUUCUGUACUUCCUGCAGCUAGAGACUAUCCCUACCCCAGACAGCAAGAGGCAAAGCAUUCUCUUUUCCACAGAGGUGUAGGUGCCUGUGGUACCAACAGGACACAAACUGCUUUUGGCAUAACUGUCACCCUGGGAAAAAGAUGAGUGGUGUUUCCUGGGACUGGCCUGUUCCUGUGCUGGGGAAUUCCAGCCCUCAAUGCUUCUGCUGUUUAACCAGACACAAGCUGGAGAGAAUGGAGAAAAAACCCCCUUGUGCUGGCAGAACCAGAACCGACCGGAGACGGAGCUGUGCGGAAUCUCCACUAGAAGGAGCAAUAGACACUUGGACAAAUGCACCAGGGAGUGCGGCGAUUAUUCUUGUUGGGAAUGUGACAGAAGGUAUUCCUCAUUUUAUGGAUUUAAUUUAUCAUAAAGAAACUUCAAGAUUUCUACUGGACCACUUGACAGGACACCCCUUUUUGGGAGAGGGGGCAUUAAAGGAUAUAUCACAACUGUGUCUUUAAUAACUGCUGUUUUUCAAGUACUGUUUGAGGCCACAAAAAAUAGCAUUGCUUUGCAAGAGGAAGGAGAAGAGAAGGGAUCUAAAAUUCUCUCCACAGAAAUUCAAGUCUUGAUUUGAAUAUGGUUUUAAAUCAAAAAGUUUUACAUACAGCUAGAACUUUUGUCUGGUUGGGAGCUAGGUUUGGUUUCUUUUUUUGGUUUGUAUGGCUUUUUGGCUCACCCAGCCCUUCCCAUAGAAAUGUUUGUACACCCCAGGGAAGGAGAUGCCCUGCUCUUGCCUAUGUUGCACUUCUGAUGGGUUUUGUUGGGUUGAGACAGACUCAACAAAAUUAAAUAAAUAAAUACAGCAAAUUAAAGAGAGGCAGGGAGGAUAGUAGUCAGUGAUUCUUUUGUUUGUUUGCUUAUAAAAGCAGGGGCAAUAUUAUCCAGGAAGGAUUUCUAUAGAAAUCCUUAGACCCCACCAAAUUUAAUAAAAAUUAAUUGGGAAGACUAUUAAUUCCCAACACUCCAAAGAAAAUACAUUAUCUCUGCAAAAGUAAUUGAAGAAUUUGUGGAUUAAAAAAAAAAAAAAGUUAAUGGCUCUCAGUUUGGCUGGCUGCUUACUCCAGACUUUUAUCAGAACAUCUUUUUUGUGAUACUUGAAUUUUUGGAGGCUUUGUACAUUGUUUCUACAAGAGUCUUUUUCUGAUAGAUACAAACACUCUGAAAAAAUGCCAGAAUGUACUUUAUGGACAAUCUAGCAAGUAGCAUGCAUUGUGGAUUCUCCAGAAAUUCCAAACUGUUUUAAUUAAGAGCAGUGGAGAAAUUUCUGUGGAACUCCAUCUAACAAAAGGUCUGGCCAAACACCAAUUUCGUAUUUCCCUCCCUAAAUCAGUUGAAGUUACAGGGGUGGAAAAGGCAGCAGCAUUUGUCCAGGGAAUUGAAACUGCAGAAUCUAAUUGCUGGUAUCCAGAGCUGGCAUUCUGGCUCUGAAGCAGAUGUGCCAAACAUCCUGGGGGUGGGAGUGAUGCCAUUUUCCUAAACUAUUCCAGCCCCCACUACUCCUACCCAGCUAUGCAGCGUCCAUUUAGUGGCAUCUGUCCAUCAUCAUCCUGGCAAGAAGAAAAAAAGUACAGCUGGAAGACAAGGGAAGGAAUUGGCACAAAAAGGGAAGGGAGGGACAGAUUUUGAAAGAUUGGUAGGUUGUCAACAUCAUUUGGAGGGAAAUAUGACACAGACAGCAACUCUUGUGCUGAAUUGCACAUUUUCUGCUGGGUGAUCUGCAAACUCAAUUAAAAAAAAAUAGCAAAGAAGUAUUUAAAGCAAAUAGAAAAAAAAUAAAGGGAAAUGAUUUUGUAGUCACUGUAAUUCUGACUGCUGCAGAAUAUUAGAAAUUAUUGUACUGUGAAGUUGCGAAAUCAGAAAGGAAAAAAUAUAAAUUUCAAUUUUGUGAGUAUAUCAAUAUUUUGCAUGCUUUGUAAGGAUUCUUAUAGGAAUUUAAUAUUGCUUAGUAUCCCUCCCUCCUUAGGUCUGGGAGCAAACCUCUUUGUAAUGUAAUGUACAACUAGAAAUUCCUUCUCUCUUGUAUGUAUUUCCAUGACAUUCCAACUUCUGAACCCACAAAAAAGAAAAAACUGUGUGUAGUAGGAGGUGCUUUUUGGGGGAGGGAGGGAAUGAAGGCAAGGAAACUUGAAGGCUUAAGAUUUUGAUUUUUUUUAAUUUUUAUUUUCAUUUUUUGCCUGUUUGAAGGUAAAAAUAAGUCACAAUCCUGAAAAAGCAUUGACUUGAGCCAUGUCCUGCAGAGCAGUAAAGCAUUCUCAGUGUUUGUUUCUCUGUAUUUGUUCUCCCUUUUCCCCAGCAGCUCUACAGCAAUCCUUGCACUCCUGCCUGCUCCCACUCGAGGGAUGGGCCUGAGGCAGGAGCACUGCUCAUGACUUCAGGGAAAAGGGGGAAAAAACCCAAGCUACACCUGGUGCUGGGUGAUAGCCUUUUCCUUUGGUGUUUGGAAUCUGUGGCUGCUCCUUGCAGUGUUGAAACUGGAAAGCAAUACCAUAAUGACUGUGCCAAUUUACUUUUGCCCAAGUUUUUAAUUUUUAUUUAUAUAGGAAGUUAAUUUUAAUAUUAAAUUACAGAUCUAUAGUAUGUAACCAUGAGAAAAUUGCUUUUGCUUUGGUUACUGUGACAGGUUGUUGCUGUCAGUCUCUCAAUGCUCAGUUCUAAUGUAAUGUUAUCUAACAUGCAGGCAUGUGGAUCAGGGAAAAAAGUUAAUUUAACUUAACCCAUUAAUUAUUUCCGUUAAGUAUGAAUAUGUUUUCCCCAAAGCUGGUAAUUUUGGGCUGGAAAAGAUAGUGGAUCAUAUUGCUGAUGAUGAAAUCAUGGACUGAUUUGAAAUA